AUGCUGUAUGCAGCACAGUUUAACAAGGGGCAUCGAUCGGGAGAGUUCAUAUGUGCUGGUGGAAGCGGUGCCAAUGAGGCUAAGAUAAUGCACAAUGACAAGGGCUCAGGGGAUCAAUCUGCUGGUUGGAGGACUUUGGGGACAUUAACAGGUGUGGACAAGGGAUGCUUCACAGUUGACUUCUCCUCUGGGAAGUCCACGGAACCGGAGUUGGUGGCUGUGGGCGGCGGUGAUGGCAUUGUUAGAGUCAUGGAGAUUGGUUAUGAAGAGAAUGAGGGGGGAGACUUGUAA